CCAUCGCACAGAUUUGAGGCGUAGCUUGUAGUGUUUUUUUUUUUUUUUUUCCGUAGCUGUCGGGUGCCAUCAUGGGUGUCAAGGGAUUCGUCGAAGGCGGUGUCGCCUCUAUUGUUGCUGGUUGCUCCACCCACCCGCUCGACCUCAUCAAGGUCCGAAUGCAGCUCCAGGGCGAGUCCCUCCCCGCUCCGCACCAGGCCGCCCACGCCCUCCGGCCCGCCCUCGCCUUCCAUUCCCCGGCGAUUUCCGCCACCCACAUCCGCCUCCCCCACGCGCAUCCCCCUCCUCCUCCUCCUCCCCCGCCGCCGCGGCGAGUGGGUCUUGUCUCCGUCGGCGUCCGCAUCGUCCGGACCGAGGGCGUACCCGCGCUCUUCUCCGGCAUCUCCGCCACCGUCCUCCGCCAGACCCUCUACUCCACCACCCGCAUGGGGCUUUACGACAUCCUCAAGCAGAAGUGGUCCGACCCGGGGACCAACAGCAUGCCCCUGAUCCGCAAGAUCACCGCCGGUCUCGUGGCUGGAGCCGUCGGCGCGAUGGUCGGCAACCCGGCCGACGUGGCCAUGGUCCGGAUGCAGGCGGACGGGCGGCUCCCCGUGCACCAGCGCCGGAACUACCGGAGCGUGGUGGACGCCAUUGCGAGCAUGUCGAAACAGGAGGGGGUGGCGAGCCUCUGGCGCGGGUCCAGCCUCACGGUAAACCGUGCCAUGGUGGUCACGGCCUCCCAGCUCGCGACCUACGACCAGGUCAAGGAGGCGAUCCUGGAGAGCGGGGCGAUGCGGGACGGGCUCGGGACCCACGUGGCGGCGAGCUUCACGGCGGGGUUCGUGGCGGCGGUGGCGUCGAACCCAAUCGACGUGAUCAAGACCCGGGUGAUGAACAUGAAGGUGGAGCCAGGGCAGGCGCCGCCGUACGCCGGGGCGCUGGACUGCGCCAUGAAGACGAUCAGGGCGGAGGGGCCGCUGGCCCUGUACAAGGGGUUCAUACCCACCAUCUCCAGGCAGGGUCCGUUCACCGUCGUGCUGUUCGUGACCCUCGAACAAGUUCGGAAAAUUCUCAAGGACUUUUGAGAUUCGCGAACGAUGAUUAUGACGAAAGAUUUUAUAGGACUAUAGAGAGAGAGAGAUCGUGAUCGUAUUACCGUUUUGUUCUUGUUGUUCCGCCAAUUAAUCUGAAGACGAAAUCAAAAUUGGUGCUUUGCUUUA